ACGCGGGUGUUUGGUUCUACCGAGUGCUCAUCGUAAACAUCUGAUUUUUCUUGUUGCGGGUUUCUGAAAUCACCCAUAUUUCCGUCGCGGAGCAUACCAUGGGCGAUUCUCUAUUCCAGGAAAACGUUGGCCACCAAGAUGACGAUUACGACUAUCUGAUCAAGCUACUUGCGCUCGGUGACAGCAACGUUGGAAAAACCAGCCUUUGGUUCCAAUACACAGAUAACGUAUUCAAUCCGCGAUUCACAUCAACUGUAGGUGUCGAUUUCAGACAGAAGCGGAUUGUUCGUGAAAGCCGCGAUGCCGAUGGACUGUUGGGACCAAAGCAACGCCUCCAUUUACAGUUGUGGGAUACAGCUGGCCAAGAGCGCUACCGCAGCCUGUGUUCUGUAUUUCUCCGGGAUGCUAUGGGCUUUCUUCUGGUAUUCGACUUGACCAAUGAAAAAAGUCUGUACAAUUGCCGGGAGUGGAUGGAUCUGUUAUGUCAGCAUGCUUACUGUGACCGUCCAGACGUCGUUCUUGUCGGAAACAAAUUUGAUCUUACCUCAGAACGUCAGGUCCCCCUGUCCAUGGCGACAGCAAUGGCUCGAGAGCUGAAUGUGCCCUACAUUGAAACCAGCGCUGCUACUGGAUAUCAGGUUGCCGCUGCAGUCGACCUCCUAUUGGAUGCCGUUAUGAACAAGGUGGAGGCCUCGUUGAUCAAAUCUCGCAUACAUAAUUCAACAGCGGACGCUGUAAAUUUAUCUAAACGGCCAAACAAAGGCUCAAGUUGUGCAUGCUAGUCCGUUUGUGGUGCUGUUUCCCGGUCCGUUCGUUCUCACGUCUGUUUCUUAGGAUGUCGGCUACCGGAUUCAUACACUCCUGCCUGUGAUCACAAUUAGAUACACUCUUGUUGGUCUAUUUCUUCUGCCCAGUUUACUCUAUUCAUUCCAUACCAUCGUUUAUUCAGGUUCAGGGGAUUUCGCCACUUCCCUUCGUGCAAUGCAUUCCUACAUAUAUAUAUAUAUAUAUAUAUAUAUAUAUAUAUAU